AUGCAACUUACGGCACUGGAGCCUACACUUUUGUCAAGUGAUAAUGGCCCCCUUAAGUCUGCUUUUGGAGAAGUUGUGCAUCGUGGUUGGCUUAAUCUCAAGACCCGCAGCAUGGUGAAUGUGCGACCGCGACAUAUGCGGUACUGUAUUUUAACACGUGACACAUUAUUGUUCAGUACAUUCAAGUUUCAGCCUAGUACAGGGGAUCUACAGUCUGGAUUAGUGAAGUCUCUUCGUAGCUAUAAAGUGCUAGGGGUGGCACCAUGGGACGGUCGACGUUUUGCCUUUCUCAUGAGUGUUAAGCAGGUGGAUGACCAUGCAGAUAAAGUGCUGGAGAUUGACGGCCUUAGCGCCACUGCUGCUAGUGACUGGAUUCAUAAUCUAAGAGUUUUAACGAGUCAUGGAGAGGAGGAAUGGCCUCCAAACACGUCAAUGGCGUCCUUAGGAGGAUCUCCAUCUGACUCUUUAUCCGAUGCGGUUAAUGUCGCUGCAAGUGACAAGAAAGAUGCCAAUUUGUGGGUCAAAGGAGCGUCAGUUCAUCGAGGAUUGCUCAAUUCUUCUGGCGAGAAUAAUUGUUUCUUGAAUGUCGUGAUUCAAAGCUUCUGGCACUUGACAUCCAUGCGACACUUUUUACUGCAUGUAGAAGUGAAGGAUGGGUCUCGUACAGUGGAGACAAAUGUGUUACGUGCACUGAAAUCUAUAAUGACAGAAUAUGAUGACACGUCAAGUGGAGUAUUACACUCGCGUGCUAUUCGUAAAGGAUUAAGUGUACUAUACUCGGCAGAUAAAAAUUUUCAGGAAGGCGCAAUGUACGAUGCAGAGGAGACGCUUCUUGCACUACUCAACUUGAUGCAUCAGCAAACGGAAGCGACGGAGGUUGAGGAGACGCAUAAAACAACGAUGAUGGUAAAGUCAUUGGUCCGGCUUGUGAGCUCCGAUACAUACGAGGAGAAGCCGCAGGCAGUAUUUGACGACAACAGCAUCCCGCACCUGGUCUUUUCACACCAAAUCUAUGAUCGAUAUUUCUGCGGAAGUUGCAAUCAUAGUUCGUUAUGGGACCUUUACUCUAACCUCGUGUACUCGACGUACGCUAGUGACUUGUACGCUUGCAAGUACGAAUCGAUGGAGCACAUGUUUCGUCGAUUGACAAUCCAGGAAGCAGACGUUGCGUCUAAGUGUGAGCAAAAGGGAUGCAGUGGCAAGCUUUUUAAGGAGCGAGUUAUUCAUCGUUUUCCUAUGGUGUUUGCAGUGUCGAUUCUUUGGGCAACUCAAAAUGCAACGAAGGAGCAAGUGCAAGGGGUGCUGAAUAACAUUGAAAAUCGCUUGGAUUUGGCCAAGUGCUUCGAUGCCGCUGGACCGGUCAUUCGGUUCAAAAGCGGAGGUUUGCGUACAACAUAUCGCUUGCGUGGUUUUGUUUGCUAUUAUGGACGCCAUUACGUGGCUGUGUUCUACAGCACUGCUCACAAAAUGUGGUUACUUUUCGACGACUCACGAGUUCUUGAGAUGGGAUCUUGGAGCAAUGUCGUCUUAGAGUGUCUGAAGGGACGGUUUCAACCAGUUUUGUUAUUUUACGAAUUGCCGGAUCAACGAAGGGAUUCGUCCGUUGGCCUUUUACUGGAUGAUGGAUCAUAUAACGUGGAUAGACAAAAGAGUCUUUCGAUCGGGUCUCAGCUGGGCGAAAUGAUGCCAUCAUCUAUUCAGGAAGAAUCAUCAAAUUAUGAGAGGCCAUUUUUGCGUCACAAAGACGCUGUAGAGCUUCACAGUGUGGAUGAAGAAGCAACCCUUUCCAGUGGGCGAGAUGCGCAUAUAGUAACAGAGUUGGAAGCAAAUCGAGACUUUGAGCUGGAAGAGCUGAGCCUGCGUAGCUCCGUUACUCAAAAUAUCACGCCGGUAUCGAUGGCCAUUGCCAUGUGCCCUCGUUCAAUUUCUAUGAAUGCACCUGUUGGCGAGGACGAGUACGACGUGCGCUUUGGUGACUCUCUUCUACUUGGCAUGUACUUGGAGAAGGUGGACAAUGAGCUGUGCGUGACCAGUUUUCCGCGUGGAGCUAAAGGUGGCAUGUUUGGCGCCGAAAAGUGCGGCCAGAUUAGUCUUUUUGACACCGUUCUGCAGGCUAAUGGACAUCCGCUUCAACAUUACCAGGUAGAUCGCGCUUUGAAGAUGAUCAAGGCUCAGACACGUCCGCUUGUAAUCCGGUUCCGCAAGUCUAAGCGUGUACAACCGCUUAUUGACAUGGGGUUUUCACGCAAGCUUGCAGUUGAGGCAUUGCAAAAGAAAAAUGGUGACGUCCAAGCCGCUGCGAAUUAUUGCUUUGAAACAAUAAGUUAG